UAUUCGCAUCUCUCCUUUAGUUCCUCUGCAGAGCUCCAAAUCGAAUUUCUUCAACCAAUUUAAGGGGUCUGAAUUGCAAAUACUCAUCAUGGCACUAAGACUCUCAUCCGUUGUCUCCUCCACAGUGGUCCGUAGGCGACUCCCUCUGGUGGGUGCCUUUUGUGUUCUUAGUUUCGGCCUCUCCAAUCUCUGUGCCGUUUCUCUAUCUUCGAGAACAGGGUGUGCUCAGUCUCUCCCUUUUGCCCCUCUCUUCCGGACGAAAUUCGGUAGUCAGUCUGAGAGUAAGAAAUAUCAUAGUGUAAGGAUGGAAGCAAGUAAGACGACUGUACCCAGCAUUGUUGUCUAUGUUACAGUUCCAAACAAGGAAGCAGGGAAAAAAUUGGCUGAAAGCAUAGUCAAAGAGCGGCUCGCAGCGUGUGUUAACCGAAUACCAGGUGUUGAAUCAGUUUAUGAGUGGAAAGGAGAGAUACAAACUGACUCUGAAGAGCUGCUUAUAAUCAAGACGAGGGAAUCUCUUCUAGAGGCUUUAACUGAGCAUGUCAAGGCAAAUCAUGAAUAUGAUGUGCCUGAGGUGAUUUCCUUGCCCAUAACCGGUGGCAAUCUCCAGUAUUUGGAGUGGAUUAAGAACAGUACUCGGGACUAAGAUGAACAGGCAGUCGCUCAUACCGGUUUGGACUGCAUUAAAUAAGUCUUACUUUGCAUACUUAUCCUCGGAUUACGCCUGUGCUUGCUCUGAAACAUGGAUAAACUCGCAUAUGUAAUGAACUAUAUUGUCGAGUAGUGUACUACUAUAUACGUUGAUCUUCGUUUA